AUGCCCCAACUCGCCUCUACCUACCGCGCUGCCCCCGAAGACGUCCCCACCCCCCAGUGGUUCCUCGACCACGACUUCCACCUCUCCUUCCUCCACCUACCCGGCAAUGAAAUCGCCGGAUACGGCCAGACCUCCCAACGUCAAUACGUUGGGUGGCUCCUCCUCCAACCCAGCCCAGAAUUGCGCAACGUCCUGGAAUGGCGAUUUCGGGACGUCCCGCCCGCCAGUCACGCCUGGGCCAUCUACGGCGAGUCGGUCGUCACCCUCACCCACCUCCGGACCCUCGACUGGGACGUCGGCGAGAUCACCGACCCAUCUGGCCAACGACGGGCCUACGACACUGUCUCCCAGCUGCGGGCCACGACGAUCGCCAUGUCCGACCACGCCUUGGAUAUCGUUUGCGCCCCCCAUCACCUUUUUUUCAUAGCUGACCUCGUCAACCACAUAGAGCAGGUUGACCGCGAACGCGAGCGGACCUGGCUGGAGCGCGUCAUCGCCAACAACGACAGCCAUGCCGCCUCCCCUAUUCCCCCCACCCCGCCUCUGCCCGCCCCGGAAUGGGGGAACGCGGCUGACGUCUCCGGAUGGGGCGACACCAACGUCGACUGGAGCAACACUAACUGGGGGGACGUCCCCAUGGACGAGGCCGACAUGGAGUGGUCCUCCCCUAUACAACCUUCGCGCCGCUCCCCUCCACCCCGCGACUCCCCUUCCCCAACACUGCAGCACCUCCGCCCGAUGCCCGAUCGCCUACGCUCCGGCGCGCCCCCUCCGACCCGUACGCGCCCCUCUCCCCGCUCUCCCAGCCCCACCCCCCGCUCCCCGAGCCCCGUCGACGAGAACGAACCCCCGUUCACCAUGGUCGUCGACCCCGCGUCGCCCCUGGAGUGGCCGACCUCAACCGUCCGAACGGUCCUCGGCACCAUCAGCGGAGGCGACCUCACCGACACCACCGACCCCGACACCCUGUCCGCGCCCCCUGCCCCUCCAACCCCCCCGCUCCGCCAACCCAGACCCCGCACCCCCCUACCCCACCCCUGCCCUGGGCCCCGCCACU